UCCCAAUCUACGCUCAGUAUUCCGUAAACAUGGCCCUGCAAAGGCUGCUUGCCAGACUAUCACAUCCCGCACUAUCAAGAGAAGUUGGAUACGUCACGUCCUUGACUUCUUAGAAUUACCCGGCACCGUAUGUACAAAACCAGUUUGAACAGGCUUUCACACUUCAGUUCAUUCUCCUGCCGUCUUUUAGGAGGAACAGUUCCACUGGUUUCUGAGCGGUCAGAACAGAUUCGGAGACUGACUCAUUUGAUUUUCAAGAAUCUUUGUGGCGAGAUUGUGGGUAGGAUCAAAGCCGUUGAACACCACCACAAAACAUGCUACACUGGCACGCUUGUUACCGCAGUGUUGUUGUGGUUUUUCUGGUAACUUCUCUGGCAUCUGUCGGGGAUGGCAGGCGGCCACCGCGGAGCGUUGCUGGCCGCGUCCCGGGGUUACCGUCCUAUGUCACCGUGGACGGCUUCAACAUGGCUCGGGACGGACUGCGGCCCAUGUACACUGCACCGAACGAGAACUCACGGAUGCCUGGGAGAUACGUCGUUGUUAUGAAGGAGACGUCCGGCAGUGACGCUGUCCAACACGUCAUGGGGAAGUACAAGUCCACGGUCCUCACGGCACAGAGCGAGGGGCGCAGGCGCGGACAUCCUGACGUCACGUCCAUGUUUCACAUGACAACCGUUGCCAUGGAGAUGAACGUCCUGAAGGGGUUCGCCGCAGAGAUGACGCCUAACGACGUGCUGAUAAUGAGAGCCAUGUCUGAUGUGGAGUACGUGGAAGAAGACCAGGUGUUUGAGAUGCAGCAGUCUGCGGUCCCCUGGCAUCUGGACAGAAUCGAUCAACAGGACCUGCCACUGGACGGACGGUUUAACGCCCAGCGUGAGUUAGGUUUAACUUCUGUCGCCGAGACCCUGGAGUGUCCUGCCGGAUACCAGCUGUUCGGUAACGCCUGCUACAAAGCCUUCGACGAGGCUAAAAACUACUCCUCUGCGGAAGCCUUUUGCGCCACAGACGGAGGGAUUGUCGCUGAACCCCGGAACCGAGCUGUCAACAAUUUCCUCAUCACGUUAAAGACAUCUCUCAACCCGUAUGUAAGAUUCUGGCUCGGACUUACAGAUAGAAAGAAGGAGGGAACGUGGAGAUGGAACGCCGAUGGAGAAAAACUGGACGGAAACUCCUUCACGAACUGGGCCGAAGGGGAGCCUAACCAGGCCGGCAAUGAGGACUGUGCGGUUGUUGAGGUUAAUUCCAAAUGGAACGACGUUCCCUGUCGGUUGAAGUACAGAUUCAUUUGUGAGCGGCCAGCCUAUGUAACGAAGCAGGUGUACCUCGGCUGCUACCGUGAUGGUGGGAGCCUGGACAUCCGGGACCUGACAGGUGACGUCAUGAAAGAUGAGGAAAACUUGACCCCCACAUCUUGUCUGGGUCACUGUACUGCAGAAGGGUACCGUUAUGCCGGCUUACAGUACGGUAAAGAGUGCUUCUGUGGCGACAGCUUCGGUCAGUUCGGUGCUGCACCAGAGUCGGAGUGCAGCACACCCUGCACCGGCAGUUCGGCGGACACUUGUGGCGGGAACUGGAGAAAUUCCAUCUAUAGAACCGUCACAGGCUACAUAAAGCAUAAGAACGAGCUUUACAAGGUCUAUCCCGAAGCCAAGACGCACGCCGCCGCCAGAAACGUCUGUGCUGCAGACGGAGGGCACCUGGCAGACGUCCGUGAAGAGGCUGUACACGACUUCCUGGUCCGCGCAAUCCGUGCCGUGAAUCCUGGGCGAGACUACUGGAUAGGUCUGAACGACCAGGAGGUGGAAGGAAGUUGGGUGUGGUCUGACGGCGGCAGGCUUGGAGACGGAGACUUUGCCAACUGGGCGGCAGGGGAACCUAACAACGGCUAUGGAGGGGGGCAGAACUGCGGGCAGCUAUGGGCGUACCGGGACUUCUUCUGGGAUGACGAAAGCUGCGAUCAAGAGGAUUAUUUCAUUUGUCAGGUAUCGUUAGCUCCGAAGAAGUGGCGCGAAGACGGCCGCUGCGGACAGGGCUAUCCUGCAGAGGACGGCAGGCCGGCUGAGUGUGACCCGGACAGUGGCUACCCGUGCUGCUCCUCUUAUAACUACUGCGGCAACACUACAGAGCACUGUGACUGUCUGGACUGUGUGGACUACAGGAAUACAGAUGAAUGUGCCCAUGGUAACGGGGCAUCCUACCGAGGUGCGACACAGAUCACCCAAUCGGGGCUCACGUGUCAGCGCUGGGACAGCCAAUCACCCCACAACCACGUCUAUCAGCAGUUGUUUCCUGUCCUCGGAUUGGACAGGAACUUCUGCAGAAAUCCGGGAGGCGGUUCUGACGGGCCAUGGUGUUACACAACAGAUCCGCGUGUUAGAUGGGAAUAUUGCAACAUUUCGAGAUGUAUCUUGCCGACAGACAGUGUUGAUGUGUACAUCGUCGACUCCGGGAUACGCUACUCUCACGAGGAAUUUGAAGGUCGCGCUGACUGGUCUGGCUUCGACGCCCAUGACGCCGACGGCUCGAACAAGGGCAACGACCUACAAGGUCACGGGACACAUGUGGCCGCUCUUGUUGGCGGCAAGACGUUCGGCGUGAACCCGAGAGUUCUGCUGAAAAGCGUGCGGGUUCUCAACCACAGGGGCCUCGGCUCAACUCUCACUGUGCUGGACGGACUCAACCACAUCUACGACAAGAUCACAGCAAACAGUCCAGCCCGCGGGGUCGUUGUCAUGUCCCUGUCGUCUGCAGGAGUAUCACGGUCGGUCAACCAGGCCUCCCGACAGUUGGUACUGCAGGGUCUCCCCGUGGUGGUGGCGGCGGGGAACGACGGGGACGACGCGUGUAACCGCUCUCCUGCAGGGGAAGCUGAGGUAAUCACUGUCGGCGGCACAAGGAAAACUGACCACCUGUACGAUCGGACCGAUCAGACACCGCCAGGUGGCGCCACUGCACACGGAAGCUGCGUAGACAUCUUCGCCCCUGCGCAGGAGGUGUUGAGCGCAGGCGUGGAGUGCGACAGCUGCAGCGCUGUUCUGAGUGGGACGUCAAUGGCAGCACCCAUAACGGCCGGUGUGGUGACGAGACUGCUGUCACGUGACCCGAGCAUGACGCCUGCGCAGAUCCGCAUGGCGCUCCUGUCAGCUGCGGCGUCGGACAAACUGGACUUUUCCUCACUCCCUAAAGACUCGCUACUGAAGACACCCAACAAACUCCUCCAACUUCCUGAAGUGCCACUGGAGGAAACAGCGGGGUGUAGAACGGUGUGGUCGGUAAAAUCCGACCCAGAGAAAGGUUCUCCAGUGGCCGCGGCUUGUAACGUGAACGAGACUCUGCUGAGCUGUUCCUCUGUUACUGACGGCGUCCAUACCGGCGGGUUUCCACUGGAUAUCCCGAACGGCAGACAAAUUUGCGUCGCUCACAACGGCCAGGACGGGUCCAGUGUCUAUGCACUUGCGCGCUGUUGCUUACUACCAGGCAGUCCCAGGUGUUACUUCAAGAAGUCUGAGAGUACGUCAUCGAACCAAGGAACCCCCGGCGCAAAAGCCUCCGUAAAGUGUGACCAGACUCCAGGAGAUGUCCUAACAGGCUGCAGUGUAUCUAGAGACGGCAGUCCGGUAGAUGGCGCUUUCCCCUUCCCGGAUGUCGACGUCGGCUAUGGCCGUGAGAGGCCGUACCGGUGUACUGCCCGGAACAGAGACGGAGGGAGCGGGCUGGAGGCACACGCUUUCUGCUGUGAAGGAGCUCGAGGUAACAUGGACUGCUGGGCAAUCAGCUCAAAUGGACAGGACGCUGAAGUUGUUGCAAGCUGUCCUGAUCAUUCCGUGCUGACUGGAUGUAGCGCUUACAGUUCUGAGGGUGGCGUGCUCGGGGCCCGGGCACAGGACAGAGCUUGUAUCGCCCAUAGAGACCCCUCUGCACCGGGCAUACGUGCACAGGCUCACGCUUUCUGCUGUUCCAUCAAUAACCGCUAGGCGACACAGGUAGUGCAGACAGGCCAGGGAUCGAUGGAAGCUAAUGAGAAAAUAAGGAUCUGUAGUAUUCCAUUCAUGGCUAUGAAUGUGAAAUUAUGUACAAAAUUGCCUCCGACUUUGAAGCCGAUAAUGAUUAUGAUUGAUUAUUAGUAAAGUCACUAUGAGUAAAGAUACCACUAAGGUGAUUUUUUAAAACAAAAACUGUUUAUUCUGUAUCGGCCACGUCACAUAUCAGGGCAAAAAGCAAGACAUUGAUUUUAUUCUUCUUUUUUUUUUUACAUCAUGAUUCUGUAAUUUCGUUAUAAGCGUCUACUGUUUUAAUACAGUAAACUUGCAAAGCGCA